AUGAGUGCUGCCGGAAAGGGGCAUGACAUGAUCUGUCAGAAGGCUGUGUCUCUCAUAGUUGACCUCUGUACGCAGGACAGCCCCCGGCUCGAUCAUAACACCUGUGAGGAGUUCCUCUUUCUCAUCUCCAGUCAAGAGUACAACCGCAACGACUCCGAGCUCAGAGAGGGAUCUGCCCCCAGCCUUUCGCCGUAUCUUGCUGACUGGCUUGCUCUCACUGCCAUAGAAACGGGCUUCUUGAGUGCCGGAGACUCAUUCUGCUUGGGCGCUGCCGAGUGCAAGCAUCACAGGAGGACUGAGAGAAAGUGUGAGAAAAGCGAGACAAGUAUCAUUGACGUCUCUGUUGGCCUGCCGGUGGGUGUGAUAAUCGUGUGUGUCCUGGCACUGCUGCUGCUCGCCUCAUUCGGCUCCUGGAAGCUCUGCUGGAUCCCCUGGAGGAAUAAAGCCCUGUCGUCCAGCUCUGCUGCCCUCGCUCCAGACGACUGCCCCUCGCCUCACAUCCCGUCUGUUCUGCCCAGUCCUCAGCCGUCCGAGGCUAUGGCGACGGAGAAGGAGAAGUACCCGAUGGCGUCCAUGGGCUUCCUGGAAGCAGCUGUUAAAAUCAGCCACACGUCUCCAGACAUCCCGGCCGAGGUGCAGCUCUCCAUGAGGGAACACUUUCUGAGGAGGACACAGCGCAUGCAGAGGCAGACCACAGAGCCUGCCUCAUCCACCAGGCAUAGCUCCUUCAAACGCCACCUUCCCCGUCAGAUGCAGGUAAGCAGUCUGGACCUGGGGGACGACUACGAUGUGGACGAGCAGCCGACCAGCAUCGGCCGCAUCAAGCCUGAACUCUACAAACAGAUGACCACAGAAAACGACGAGUCCGCCAACAGCAAAGGCGGGAAAAACUGUGGCAAGAUCAACUUCUCCCUUCGCUACGACUAUGAGAACGAGAUGCUACUAGUCAAGAUCCUCAAAGCGUUUGAUCUACCAGCCAAGGAUCUCUGUGGCAGCUCUGACCCGUAUGUUAAAAUCUACCUGCUGCCCGACCGAAAGCAGAAGUUCCAGACGCGAGUCCACAGAAAAACACUCAACCCUACGUUUGAUGAGUCUUUCCAGUUUCCAGUGCCGUACGACGAGCUGGCAGUCAGGAAGCUCCAUCUCAGCGUUUUUGACUUCGACCGCUUCUCUCGGCAUGAUAUGAUCGGAGAGGUCAUUCUGGACAAUCUGUUUGAAGUGUCUGAUCUCUCGAGGGAGACGUCCAUCUGGAGAGACAUUCAGUAUGCUACCUCUGAGAGUGUGGACCUCGGGGAGAUCAUGUUCUCACUCUGCUAUCUACCUACUGCAGGCAGAUUAACACUCACAGUCAUCAAGUGCAGGAACCUGAAGGCCAUGGAUAUUACAGGAUAUUCAGAUCCCUAUGUGAAAGUAUCCCUCAUUUGUGACGGCAGACGUCUGAAAAAGAAGAAGACCACAACAAAGAAAAACACACUGAAUCCCACGUAUAAUGAGGCCAUUAUCUUCGACAUCCCUCCUGAAAGCAUGGACCAAGUCAGUUUGCACAUCUCAGUCAUGGAUUAUGACCUUGUGGGCCAUAAUGAGAUAAUCGGUGUGUGUCGUUUGGGCUGUGGUGCUGAAGGUUUGGGUCGAGACCACUGGAAUGAGAUGCUUGCGUACCCCCGUAAGCCAAUUGCACACUGGCACCCCCUGCAGGAGUCCAAGAAAACAGAAAAAGAGUGGAAAGCCAGAACGGCUAGUUUUGACAGUCAGGGGUCUUGUCCUUCCCCCAAACCUCCUGCCAGCCCUUGAUCAGAGCCAUAUGUUAAAUAAACUCCAGGCUCGGCAUCCUCGCAGUUGUCCGUCCGUCUGUCCGUCCGAUGAAAGCGAGAGCUGUUUCCACCUCCCCAUAUAUGGGUUGUUUUAGAUGGUUCCCAAACACUGAUCUAAGACCAGACUUGGCUGUCUUUGCCCCACAAUGUUCCUCACGUUCAAGCUGCUCUCAGUCGAUAAUGUGAGGUUUCGUACAAACCUCUGCACCUACAAUGGCAACGUUGUGUUCCUAGAAUAGCUUGAUAUCGUCAGCGGAGAUGUUUCUUUCCAUAUGAAUUUUCCUCAAGCGUUUGAAAUCGGAUGCAGCGUUCUGAAAGCAUGGAGACGAGAGUUUCCACGCAACGUUGCAAGAUCUUAGACUUCAGAACUGCUGGAAAUUCUAAAAAUGAGCACUGGCAUGUAAAAGCUUGAUGUUUUGUAGGAGAAAAGAGGAAAAUGGAUGGGUCUUGUGCUGUAUACUACCAACAAAACAUUUUCUUUGUGGAAUCCUCGUAUGAAACCUGUGUGGAGGUAAACGUUUUAUGAAGAAUAUUCGUAUAUUUAUCAGUUUAUAGAUGUUGUGUAAAUGUUUUGUGUGAAAAGAGACUCUCUAAAAGGAUCAGAGCACAACAAGCUUUUCCUUUCUAUUUAUUUCUUGCCAAAAGAAAGACGGUUUACAUGUAAAGAAAGUUCCGUUCAACGUUUUACAUGUAGCUGAAUAUAUUUGCGUUAAUAUUCAAACAGGAGUACAACAGCGUCAAACAGCGUCUUGGUUUAUUUUUUUUCCAUUGGUGUAAUGGAAUUUAAAGAGGUGCAGAUGUGUUUCUGUAUCUUAGUAGCACUGCUUUUAAUAGCAAUUGAGUUCCUGUUUGAAGCUAUCCCGCUGCUUCAAUAUCCCGCUGACAUCUCCAUCUUUUGACAUGUCAUUUUAUUGCGCAUUAAACUGUCACGGUUUUCCAUAUUUUGACCUGUUGUCUUGGAAAAUGUCAUGCAUAUAUAAUGUAUGCUUCAUAUUGUGUACUGUAUAAGAUCAGGGUUGAUAUUACUAUAUAUAGAUUUAUAGGUAAUUAACUAACAUUCGUCUUCAGAAUCACACAUAUUUGUUUUGUUUUAUCUAAUGAUAAAAAAAAAUUACACCGUAAUGGUUGUGUAGCAUAAAAAGGAGGCAAAUGGUACAGUCUGGAUCCAGCAGUACUGUAAAGCAUGGAAAAAGAAAUAAAUAACAAAAAAAAAUCUAUAUAUAUAUACAUAUAUAUAUCUAUACAUACAAGUACAAAUAUUUUAUUAUACUGUAUGGGUCAAAGACGAGAUGGAAAUUAAAUAUGCAAAAAAGAAAAAAUCUAUUAAAUGCAGGGGUCUUCUUGAAUGUUUGUAAAAAAAAUAAACGUUCAAAUAUCCAAAUAUCAUUGAAAUAAUACUUUGUUGUUAUUUAGCGUAACUUACAUUUUAAGUAAACAAUAGGCAACAUAAUUAUUCUUCCUUUUACUUAUUAAAAUCUAUAAAAUAUUAAGCUAGUACAAUAUACAACAUUUUUAUGAUAAAAUUGGUAAAAACCUAUUGAUUGAGGGAUAGUGAGUGAAAGUUUUAAGACACAAAAUGUAAAUGAAUCAGGCUGAACAAGAUUUUUGGGACCUAAACUGUUACGCUGAAUGACAUUAUAGUAUGUGUCUUCAGUAAAUCAUGGUAAAAUUGUUUAAGAUUCAAGAAAUUUUGCUCAGAAAAAGUUAAUCAAUUGAAUCAGGACACAUUCUGAUGUGGAAAAACAUUUUAAAGCAUUGUUGUGAUGCUUGAAAAAAGUCUUUGACCCAUAUAUACUGUAACAGUCACCUAAACAGUUUCUGGAAAGAAAAAAAAGUUCAGCAGAGCUAAACAAGUAGUUAAAAUAAUAUUGUUACUAUUUAUAUUAUAAAAAAAAACAUCUAUUGCUGCAGAUACUUUAUUCAAUUAUUCCUGCAAUUUCUGUGUUUUUAUUUUACAUGGAUUUUCCAGCCUGAUCACAAGAAAACGUAAGUAUUUAACGAUUUGUCAGUUUAGUCGCUAAUUUGGACAAAUUCGUAUGAGUUCAGUCGAUUUUAAAAAGGAGGCGUGGCACCCAACCCCACCCCUAAACCCAACCGCCAUAGGGUAAUGUGUAAAUCAUCCUAAAUUGUAUGAAUUAGAUCGGACAAAUUCAUACGAAUUAGCCACUAAAUCAAAAAGUUAUAAAUUGCUGUGAGAUUGUAUUGGAUUUUCUUUUAUAAUCACACAGAUUAAUUAAAAAUAGAAAUGGAACAGACACACAUGCUCAGGCAAAUCCCUGCUAAAUGAUAUAUUGUAAUCAUCGUAGUUAGUCAAACAUUCAUAAAAAAACUCACCAUACUGCAUACAGUUGAAGACCAAUUUAUAGCCAUCCUGUUAAAUUAUCAUACUUUUUCAAAUAUUCUCCAA